CUUCGUCGAGCAGUAAUUCGCGAUGGCAACUCAAGAGUCUGCCAGGAAGCCGACGAGGGUCCUCAGGCACUCUGGAAAGCGAAGUCAAAAAGGCAGGAGGGUCAAAAGAUUCUGCGUCAUCAGCUUCUUCAAAUAGUGCAACCGACCACCAGGGGCGGUCCUCUUCAUCAAGAGCACCAUAUGCAAAAAGCAGAAGUCCUUCUUCCACAAAGCAAAACUCCAUGCUGAUGAAUGCUGGUGAGCGAUCUCGGGAGUCAACGAGUCUAAGACUCUCGUCUUUGAGGCCAGAAGCCGCGACGACAUUGGAAAUACCGGAUAUCGAGUCUAGCACAACAGAAAAAACAGUGUCUUUAUGGACAUUCUCUUCAUCUCAGAAGUAGAACUCCUCAACAUUUAAUUCAGAAGAUGAUAGGUUUUCUAUAAAGUCAUUUAAUUCAGAAGAUGAUUAUUUCUUUUCUAAAAGUUGGGUUACUGACACUCCUCAGAGGAAGCAGGCUCUUCAGUAGAUGACUUCUUUUCUAAAAAGUUGAAACCAUCAUCCUCCGCGGAAUAGUCCCAUCGACAGUUUCGAAACACUGAUCAGGGCGAAACUCCAUUCCAUCUUCCGCUCCUCAUGCAUCCCAUCCCUUUCUAAGCUCUGCCAUCCUACAUGACGGCAAAGGUGACACCUCAUCUGUCCUGCCAUCGAGCAAGAAACACCUUCUAGAACACCAAGAACAUGAGCAGCACGAAGACGGGUUACUGACACGUGCUCCACCGUCAUCAGAGGAAGCAGGCUCUUCAGUAGCUGAGUGUAGUCCUACAGAGACCGUUGCGACGUUGCAGCCUUCCCCGCAUCUUGUGUCUUUAAGGUUGUAGUAAGUUGUUGUGACUAGUAGAUGUGCUCGAAAACUGAAAAUAACUACUGAGUUACUGAUUGAAAUAUUAAAGGAGGUAGCUUAAGAACAUCAAGGCUACUCUUCCUUCUCAUCAGUAUCCCGCUUAUUUUCAGUAGUUACUUGUUUAUUUCAGUUUUUCGAAUAGUCGUUCUCGGUAAGUACUUUUCGUUUUUUCAUUUUGUAUUGAAAUUGGUACGUCGAGCAUGACCACGACUUCGUUCUAGAAAAUGGUUUGACUUACUGAAAAACCGAAAAUAUUAGAACGACUCCGUUUCGCCACCUGAUUAAGCAUACUAAACACAUCCGUUAUCUAAUGCUCCCAGCAGAUGCUCCAAGAUCCUACCUACCGCAAUUGCCAACUUCGCCAGGCAUGCCACGAGUCCCUGUGAUCAAUAAUUUGCAUGUUUCCAGUCAACGAGAACAAGGAUUCCACGAAAGACCUCUCCUAAAUAACAUCAACGGCGUCGAACAACAACCACCUGUGGUUUCAGCAUCGUCUUCCGAAGAACACACUUCGGUGGUGCCUCCUCAUCGUGGCGUUCUCAGUGGAGGUGCCUAUGGUCGUAGUGAGCGACCGCAGAUGGUCUCGCCUGGGGACAGUUUGAACUUGCACGUUAGUCGACUGAAUCAAGUGGGAGGAGGCAAAAGCGGCAAUCUUGCAGAAGGAUCUCUAGCCACGCCUUUACCGAAGGAUGCAGGCGCACACCGAAGCAGGGCUGGUUCUUUAGUGAGCAUGAAUGGCGCUGAUACGCAGAAGGGAGCUGUUGAAGCGUUACGGCACUUUUGUGAAUGUGAUGCAUUGUUCUGAUGUUAAUUCAAACUAACAAGAAGAAGCAACACACUGCAACAGAUCAUCGAUUACUUGCGUUUACUUACCUCUCUAACCUUAGCUGCUGAAAGCGGUGUCAUGGGAGCUCUACGGAACAGACUGAGCCGUUUAUUUGGAUCCAAAGAAGAACCACAGCAAUCAACUACAAACAAUCACACUGGUGGAGAUCCAUUGCAUAGUAAAAGCACUGGCGGUUUCAUGAACAACAUGAAUAUUGGAGACAACAUGGCGUCAAUGGCUUCGGAAAGAAAUAGAGGGGAUACGUGGCGUAGUGGUCGGAAAAGAACAGCGAGCUUGGAGAGUUUGGCGGCUGGGGGUAUUUAAUGAUGCAUUGGGAACGAAGUCAUAUCUUCUUGUCGGAUAAAGAAGACUUUGUAAACCUGGUCUUGAUCUUCACACCUAGUUGUGCAGGAUCCAUAACCUAACCUAACCUUCACACCAUGGAUUACAAGGACCAAUAAGUAAUUAUAACAAAUUAAAUUGAUUUUACUAAUAUAUGUGGCUUAUAACAAAUCAAAUUUCAUCCUUCUUACAAUGACAUUGAAUUAAAAGGUGGCGGCGGUGCCGGUUCACAGCACGUCAGGGGUUCAAACUCCUUGCUUGGACGCGAGAGUCGAUCACUUGAAAGUGUCCGGAAUCCAGGAAUGGCGCGUCCUCCCCGUCGAGGCACUUUAGAGCCAAGUGCGAUGACUUCUCUGGAGCCUAGAUCAUCAAACGGCAUUCAAUCGCAGUUGCAUCUUCCACCACCUGGCUUCGUGGAGCGCUAUAGUAUGGCUUCGAGGCCAGUCUCGCGUGCAAAUUCAGCAAAUCUAACCGGAGGAAAAAGACGUCCUUGCGUCGUUGGGAGUACAGAAGGCAAGGAUGCUGGAAGUGGCUUAUGACAGGAAUAGUGCAAUCUCGUUGUGAGCGUUGUAGUCCACAGCGUGAAAUAAAGAAAAAAACACUUCACUUCUGUGUCACUUCUUGUGUCACUUCUUGUGUCACUUCUUGUGUCACUUCUGGUGUCACUUCUUGUGUCACUUCUUGUGUCACUUCCGAUGAGCCGCACGAUGCUGGCUGAGCCUGCAUUCUAAUCCCAGUAGUGGUUCGCAACUUGCUCACAGACACGACGACCGUUUUGAUGCCAGGUGAGUCGGGGGGUGGGUGUGUAGAAAGCCCCACAGACGCAGGUAAAGCCAACGAUCAUCCGGCCGAUCUUUCGGGUGCUGGUGGAGGGGAAAGUAAUAGGACUGUUGAAAAGCAGUUACUAUGUUAGUAAAUAUUCAUUUUCUAGCUACAUCAAGUUUACUUGGUGACAAGUUUUCAAUUACGAACACUGACUAGCAUUAGACUUUUCUGAAGAAAAACAAAAAGAUUCUCCACCUGCUACAAAUACUGUCGCAACAGAUAUCAACUAUGCAGAACCUUUGCAACUUCGAAUCGCCGGAAGUCCGCAUUUAGAAGCGGUUCCAGUAAGGCGAAAUCCACCAACAGAACAGACGCAGGGAGCCUAUGGUGGACUUAGUGGAGGUAUUUUUGUAAUCUUCUCUUUCUCGUUGCGUAAAUUCCUCUUCUACUGCAUGGUUUUGAGUAGAUUGACAAUUUCUGGAAUUAUACACAGAAGAAGAUUGGUCUUAUCACACAAGCUGACAAAAUAACAACAUUUCUGUCAGCUUGCUUCCCCGGCGUGCAUUGUCACGAGAAGAUGCAUGCCAUGAGGAAAAGCUGUAGCGUCAAAGGGCAUGAAUGCAGAGAGGACACAGUUCAUAACUAUGGCCCGCUUAAGAUAUAGCUAGUGGUAGAGGCUCGCUGUUUGCUAGUUGUAGAGGUACUCACUAAUGCAGAUUUUUCGUGUACAUGAACAACCUCAAAGAGAAACACAUUGAAUCUUGAUCUUCUCUAAAUCCCUGUCCGAAUGGGUGGGAAGCAUUGCUACAUGCAAGGCCAGAAACUUUGCCAAAGUGGUCGUGACUGCACUCGCGCUGCCAGCAAAAAGUGUGACUCUUGUGCCUGCAUGUGUGCGGCUUGCAUGCAUAAGGUGAAUACCAGCUUCCGAAACCGCAGAGAAGAAGCCAAACGCUGCCUCCACGACUCAGGCACUUCCUUGCGGGCUUCAGCUAAGGAGUGCUACCAAGGGAUGGGUGCAUCUGCUGGUGGUUUUGGCGAGACAUUGAAUUUGGUGGGCGGAGGCGCCAGAAGCAGAGUAGGCAGCCGCAUGGGCAUGACACCUACAACCACAGCAUCUGGUUCCAGCGAUUUUUCUCGAAGUUCAGCGUCUACUUCAGCAGGCUCAUCUUCGUGCUUCGUCUCUUCCCGAUCGGCCUGUUGUCCAGCAGGUGGAAGGUCAUGUCCGGGUGCUGGACUUUUGGGUGGGAUAGGAUCGAAGAAAAAGGGGAACGAAGUAGAAGGAACGAUGAAUGGAGCAUCAUCAUCGAGUGGCGAGCAACAAUCCCUAGCAGAUCACUUCCCGGAGUCCACGCAAUCGAAAAGCGAUCGGUCUUGCUGCUCGCGAUCGUGCGUGGAUUUACGUGGGGAAGUAGCCUUUCUGUCGAAUCUGCCAACGUUUUUUACGAUGGCGCAUUUCAAAUCGCCUUGGGCUUCGCAACACUAAAAAAAUGGAUGUUACCUUGUUAUGUUGUUACCUCUGUAGGGGAUAAUUACAUCUGUUGUAGGGGAAUAUUAAGUUAUAGUAUGAUGAAGAAUACAAAUUUUUAUAGCACAACGGACUGAUUCUCAAUUUUGAGUAGUUUUUUUUCCAAGAAACGCAACUAAAUAUUUCAUCACACGUGUUACAAUACGAAUACGGUAUUUCUAUUAUCUUCUUCAAUAAUUUGAGGUUCUUUAUCUUGAUCUUCUUCUUAACAUCAAUGAAUGCUUCUACUUUAUCCUGACCAAAUGAAUUCUUAUGCUUACUACAACCGAUUGAUGAUUACUUGAAAUAAUCUACUUCUCCAGGUUCUUGAACUGUAUCGUUUCUAGUGGUCAUUCGGUAUUGAUGUCUUCAUUAUUACAAUACGGUAGCUGGUUCAGGUACUCAUAGACAUGCAGUGAUGUCUCUUUGGGAGUAUUGUUCUAGUCUGAGUUCUUAGGUUCUGGUUCUUUUUUUUGUACAACGAGUUCUUCUUAUGUUGUUCUUAGCGUGUAUUAUAAUAUGCCACUGUGUUCUUGAAGACAAAAGUGGAAACAGGAGGUUGAAUACUAUUAGUACUAAAUGGGACACCAUGAUGAUGAGGAAGUAACUGUAAUUGAUUUUUUAUGAUUAAAAGAAUUAGGGGGUACUAAGCUGCUCUACUAGAAGGUGUUGGAAAUGCAAAUGACUUGUUUGAUACUCGUGUCUAAAUCUAAACUAUAUGAGACUUCCGUAUUAAGUCUAAGGAAGUGGAUAUGAAUAUGAGAAUGAAGUUUGUCGAUAUCAAAUAAUGAAUCCUACGAACAAUAAGUGAUGGUGUUUCGCUUUAGGCUGUGAAUACGAGAUAUGAGUGGUCAGUACUGGAGUAGAUGAAAAGAAAUUACAAGUAUUUUUUUAAGCAAGUGUCUGACUGGUGUGUGUAAAAAAAAGUUCUGGGAGUACAACUAUAUCACGUGGGGGACAAUAUUAAGUACUACAAAAAUGACCAUACUAGAUAACGG